AUGCCUUCAUGGGUUCGAAAUCUAUUUGAUGCUAACUUUUCUUGCCGUGCCCGAUUCCGCCGGCGCUUGCCGUCUUCGUCCCGCCUUCGUCCCGCCUUCGUCCCCUGUCUCUAUUUCUCUGUCCGUCCCGAACUGGUCCCCACGAUUUUCCCGUCGCCGGGGAAUGACGGAGGGGGCUCGGGCGCUUGUGGCGGGGAGAAAAUCUCACGUCGGUCUGUCGCCGUUUGCGGUGUGCAGCCUCAAACUUUCCUCCCACCGCCCACCGUUUCUAUCUAUCUAUCUAUCUAUCUAUCUAUCUAUCUUAUUGUUCUAUCUUUCCUAUUCUUCUUUCUUUCCUUUACCUGUAACUCAAUUCCCUUCUUCUAUCUAUCUAUCUAUCUAUCUAUCUCAGUCUCUUCAUUAUCUAUCUAUCUAUCUAUCUAUCUAUCUAUCUAUCUAUCUAUCUAUCUAUCUAAAGACCUUAUCAGAAAAUUCAAAAAAAUAAAUCUUCUGAAAUAUUUCCAAUAUGGUUUUAAUUUCUAUCGAUCUCAGACUGUUCAUGAUCUAUCUAUCUAUCUAUCUAUCUAUCUAUCUAUCUGA